AGGACAGGGGGCUUCCCGCAAAACGUAACCCCCGCCCCGCCCCGCCCCUCCUCUUCCCCCUCUUCGCCGCCGCCCCCGCUCCGGUUCGCCUCCGCCACCGCCACCGCCACCCCGCAGGUCGCCGGCUUCGCUUCGCGUCGAUGGCGGAAGAAGCAGCUGCCAAUGCGAAGAAGGAGGAGGAGGAGUUCAGCACCGGGCCCCUGUCCCUGCUCCUGAUGAGCGUCAAGAACAAUACUCAGGUGCUUAUCAACUGCCGGAACAACAAGAAGCUUCUUGGUCGUGUGAGGGCAUUUGACCGUCAUUGCAACAUGGUUCUUGAGAAUGUUCGGGAGAUGUGGACUGAGGUUCCAAAGACUGGCAAAGGCAAGAAGAAGGCCCUUCCAGUGAACAAGGACAGGUUCAUCAGCAAGAUGUUCCUCCGCGGCGACUCGGUCAUCAUUGUUCUAAGGAACCCGAAAUGAGUUAGACGACGACGACACCUCGUACGCCCGGAAGAGUCUUUGCUGUGUAGUCGCUGUUAAGUUUGUAAUACUGAAUACUCUAAAACAGCGAGUGUUUAAGAGAUGAUAUCAAGCAGAGAUUUAGCAGUAUCGAUUACUGGUUCAGUGUUGUAGUUUGGGAUGUUCUGAGUUUUGCCUGUCCUGUAUCUAAAUUGCACUCGUAGUUUCUACUCGGAUCAUCAAUAUAUCGGCAGGAGACAAUUUAUGUUUGUGAAA